AUUUAAUCAUGGCAAAACUAAACUACUCCGUUAUCGCAUGUUCUGGCGCGGAUCCUGAUUUCGCAGCCACGGAGUUGAACGUCCAUUCCCCCCACACGCGCGGUUGGCAGACGUCACGAUUCUGCGAGUAUCCGCAGGAGGUAAUCGUUGAGCUAGCCCGUGGCGCGAGUAUUUCGCAGAUCCAAUUGCUAAGUCAUCAACACAAAAUCGCAACUCGAAUAGAGCUCUUCGUCGGCUCUGGUAGCAGCCUAGAUCGCGCAGCCUGGACAAGGUUAGGCUAUCUAUCACUGGAUACAAAUGAGCGAAGUCGGUUCCAAGCACGAGAACUCAAGUCGGUAUACGUCGAUGCUCAAGGUCGUUACUUGAAACUUGUUGCACAUCGUUGCCAUGUUGGCAUAAUUGCCAUGAAUGUUCUUGGGGAGUAUGCACUCGAACACACUGAUAAUGACAUUCUUUCGGGAAAUAGUCUUGCAAACCCGUGUGAUCAUGUUGAUGACCUCGCGUUUGGCAUCAAUGUUGACCCCCUUGCGGCGCGGCAGAUCCGGUUGUUGCUUACGGCAAAGGAGGCAGCGGUCGAAGCUGAGGAUUACGAUACAGCGAAAAGGCUAAAGGCAGCUGAGCGGCAAUUGCGAUCCCUUGGUGGUCAACUUGCGCAGCUCAAAAAUUCGAAGCGGUGUGCUGUCCGAGACGAGGACUACGACCGAGCAAAAUUGAUCAAGCAUGAGAUAGCGGCGUUGCGUCGCCGUAUCAGCGACGCUCUUGAGCUGUGUGAGACGGUCGCGCGGGCGUCACAUGAGGACAAACAGCCACCGCCACCAUCAACACCACGGACUGAUAACGUUAUUUCAAGUAAAGACUCGGCUGGUGCUGAAGAUAGAGCGAUACCGCAGAUAUUUGGCGCUGCGACAACAGAUCAAAAUGGCGAUGAUGCUAAUGGACGACAGUCCCAUGACACUGUGCGGACGCCUUCCUCUACUAGGACCAAGGAUGAUAGCAUACAUUCUCCAGCACCCUUGUCAAAGACACCGUAUAGCAAUUCUCUGCAUGUGAGUCCAGUAUUGGACGCGCUUGCUGGCGUACCAAACGCUGCAGAGCUACCAUCGCCGGAGCCAUUCGCAGCUGAUAUGAACUCUAAUCUAGAUUUAGUUGCAGUCACCACACUCCUCGGUGACUACCGCGCCCGUUGUCUUGUCUCAAAGAAUUGGUCUCUGCGGGAAGCGACUCUGGCUAAGGUGCGACUUCUAUUGGAUGAAGGCAAUUGGGAGCAAUUCGAAGAUUUAGAGCAACUUUGCGACAUAACGAGAUCUUGUGUGCAUGACAAAAUUGCUCAAGUGUACCUGACUGCGUUGGCACUCCUAGAUGAUGUUGCCCAUAAGUUUGCAGCUUGCGGAUUCAAGCGUACGGAGGCUUUUCCAGCAUUAGAGCCCGCACUCGCUGCAGUUGUCAUGAAGCUGGGUGACAAUCAACCGAGACUUCGUGACAAGGCUGUCGAUGCGUUGACUUCUCUCUCUCGUUGCCGGGUUGUUGGUGCCGAUCGGGUCGCAGAGAGGGUAAUGCGCUCCCUCGACAAGAAACGCCCCGCGCAUAAUAAAUGGCGACCAGUAGCUACACGCCUUGAGUUUCUCAAAAAGCUGGCGCAUGAAUUCGGGGUGGAAACCCGUGAUGCGGCCAAAAAGGGAUCCCACGCACUGGUUCUCGAAUCUGUUCUUGAGUUUGUUGAAACGCAUUGCUGUGCAUCCCAUACCUUCGAGGAGGUCCGAUCAGCAACAAAGGAGCUAGUUGUCGCCAGCUUCAUUGCCGUUCCUGAGGGGGACCGCUUGCGAUUGCUUGAGCCAUUUUUGAAUAAACUUAGACCAAAGCAGGCCACAGAGUAUCAGACUGCCAUCAAUCGUGGUUUAGAUCAUGCUGUCCCCAACUUGCGUACACUAACAAAUGUCCAAGAAGCGUAUGAGAUCCUUAAGGUUCAUUUUAGCGAUGCAUCUCAGAAAAACCCCGUGAAGGAAAGCGUGCUCACAGAAUGGGUAAAUGAAGUCGGUAGCGACAUACAUAAUUCUGUUGAUAUUUCCCGCGAUGAUAAGCUGUGGAAGUCAGGUGGGGUAGCGACUAGACUACAGAGGGGGGAGUGGUCUUCGCACACCCGAACUAUGGAUAUCGUGGUUGCCUGGCAAGGCGACAACAGUCGGAACGGGUCAAUGGCUAUUAAGAUAUACAUUGACUCAUCAAAUAAAAAUUAA